GGCUCCGGGCGCUGCGGGGCCGCGGGGCUCGGUGCCCGGGAGCGGGCGCGUGGCCGCGGGAGCGGGCGCCCCAGCCGGCCGCGAUCGCGGGAUCCCGGAGCUCGGCGAUGGCGAGGCCGGCGACCCUGGGGCAGAGGCCGCAGCCGCGGGGCCCCGUGGCCGGAGCCGCGUGACCGAGUCGUCGGAGCACCUGCCGGACGCGGGGCGGGAGCGCGGCGGGCGUCAGGAUGCGGGCAUGAGGCCUCUGGAGACCCCGGGCUGCCCCCCGGCCGGGCGCUAGGAGCCGUGCCCGGGGCCCCGGCCGGGAGCCCUGCCGCCCAAGGGCAUGGCCAAACCCUCCUUCCGGCUCCAGAAGCUGCUUCGCCGCACGCGGUUCCUGCUCUUCUUUCUGUCGGCCGCCUACCUGAUGACGGGCAGCCUGCUGCUGCUGCAGCGAGCGCGGGUGGCCCUCCCGCCCGGGCCCCGGGCCCCCGGCCCCCUGCAGGCCCUCCCCGUGGCCGCCGUGGCGCUGGGCGUCGGCCUGCUGGACAGCCGGGCGCUGCGGGCCCCGCGGGUCAGCCCGGACCUGCCGCUCGGCGUGGACGUGCCGCGGGGGCCCCCGGCCCGGGCCCGGCCCGGCCCCCGCUGGCUCCGGACCCGGAACCCGGAGCUGCGCCAGCCGCGGCGAGGCUGGUUCCACCACUUUGUGGGCGACCCCCAGGGGCCGCCCGCCCUGCGCCCCGAGGCCCCCGGGCCAGCCGUCGGGGGACGAGGUACGUACGUAGGAUGCUUCAGUGACAGUGGCCGGGACAGAACCCUGAAGGGGGCCGUGUUUUUUGACUUGCGAAAGAUGACCGUCUCCCACUGCCAGGAUGCGUGUGCUGAGCGGUCCUACGUCUACGCGGGCUUGGAGGCGGGGGCGGAGUGCUACUGCGGGAACCGGCUCCCUGUGACGAGCGUCGGGCCGGAGGCCUGUAACCACGAGUGCAAAGGGGAGAAAGGCUCCGCGUGCGGGGGCGUCGGCCGGCUGUCAGUGUACCGCGUCCAGGAGCUGCAGCCCGGCUCCAGGAAGCGUGAGUGUGCGGCUCCGCCCUGUGUCCCUCCCUCAACCACUCAGCGGGGGCAGCAGAAGCAUCAGCCGCUCGUGGACACGGGCCUCACUCGGAACGUCAGAGGCUGCUCCAAAGACAACGCCUUGACCGGUGCCGUGGCCGAGAACACCUGCACCGUCCGCGUGACUGAGCCCCGAUUCGGGGGCUCCCCGGGGCCGAUCGACCACCUCUCCCCGGCCAGGAAGGGCAGUUCCCCCGACACCGCGGGCUCGGGGCCUGUCGUCCUUACACAGGGCUCUGCGAGCCCCGCCCGCUACUGCGACCUACUUUCCUUCCCCGUAAAAGCCCGGAGGGCACUCCGGCGGCAGCGGACGAGGAGGAAGCAGCCCCGGAGAGCACCCCGAGUCUCCAACAACGUGGCCCUGACGCGGGCGCUGGGCAUCGCUGAUGUUACCAGCGGCCAGGGCCCGCUCUCUCGCCGAAGUGUCGGGAGAUCGGGCUGUCCCCACGAGCCCACGCCAGUCCUGGACGAGGAGUCUGUGGACACGGAAGAUGUGGCUGGAGGCUCGUGCUGGUCGUCAGAUGACGUGCCCCCCGACGUGCCCUCCGGCUUCCGGAGCCUGCGUGACUCCCAGCAACAUAGCUGCUCCCCGACAUCCCAGCUGCCGCGCUCCGGGGGCUAUGACAGCUGGGGGGUUUCUGCCGAGGGCCCGGUGGGGGCUGCCUUCCCACCCAGCACCCCAUUUGUCGCUCCCGAAAAUCUCGAGAAGUGGGGAUUAGAGCCAUUUUACAGGCAAGAAACCUGA